AUGAUCAAGUUUCAAAAAGAAUUGUGUAUUACAAAUAAGGAUCGAGGAGAUUCCUUCACAACUUAUAAAACAUUUUCAAUGAAGUCAACUAAGCUGAUUGGUAUUCUCCGAUCACUCAUAUCCAAUGGUACUGAUCAUGAUCAUGCAAUAGUAUAUCCUGAAUUAGGAGUACAUGUUGUAGUUGCAUUGAUAUUGAUAAUCAUCAGUAUCACACUUAUGUUGAUUAUGAUGUUCAGUAAAACGCUUUGGCAAUAUAAGAAAACCAUGACUACAUUAAUCACCAUAACAAGUCUGUUAUGGUGUUUUGCCAUCUGUAUAGCAUUCGCUUAUUUACUUCCAGAAACCAAGUACAUCGUACUCAUUAUCUGUAUUGUAUUGAAUGCCUUAGCAGUUACGCUUGGAAUAACAAUCCGCCAGCUUAAGAAGUCAGUGUCUAUACUACUUUUUAUCAUGUCAAUGAUGAUCGAUUUGAUAGGAACAGUGCUGUUUUAUCUUUCAAUAAGCAUCGCACCUAUACGCAAUUUUCAAGCCCUAGCUGAGAUUUGCUGGUGUGCAGGUGCAUGUAUCAUAACCUUCAUUACAAUUAAUUCUUUGUGA